AUGGUUAGUCAUCGGAAAGAGUGUUUACUGUGGCUGCUCAUCGCCCUCCUCGGUGGCUAUCAGCCCCUGGCAGCCCAGCAACUGCAAGGACCACCCCGGCCCAGGGGUCGUAUACGUAUUGCGGAUAUGCCCCCGCCAGGACCAGCAUCUGCUCCUGGUCCUCUAAGCAACUGGCCAGCUGCGGGACCCAUCAGUUCCACCGUGCACACGCACAUUCCACUCUUGAGGGAGGAGAGUGCUCAGCACCCGCCAACGCCCAGCCAGGAGGCGGUGGUGUAUGGCAACUGGAAGCCAGAGCAUCCAAAGAAGCCAAUUGAGAUGGAAACGGACUCCAGCCAGCAGCCCAGGGAGCGGGUGUAUGGGCGCCUGGAGGCCAUGCUCAUGGGUUUGCCAGCAAAUGCUGCAGAUGCCAAGCCUUCUAGUUCUAGUGAAGAGCUAUCUGCUCCCAUUGCUCCUGGUGGCUAUCAGAACCCCGUUUAUGCUCCACCCGCCAGCUUUGAGCGUUCACCAGAGAAGCAUGGACGCAGGCGGAUCACCAGCCAACAGGCUCCACAUCAGUUCGAGGUCAACCGGGUAAACAAUACGGAUUCCGGACUCGAAGCCAUCAGCAAGCAGUUAAAGGAAUCUGGAGAGACAUCGACAACGACACACAGAAAUUCCCAGUCCACCACCGACGACAAUUGGAUGCCACUCCCCUAUCCAUACCCAUACGACACCACAAUGCCCUCUCCCCCAGCAUCGAGCUCCAUGAUCCCAGGAUUCAUGCAGUCCUCGGUGGUGCACCCACCAUCGCCCACUCAGGCCACACACUCCACCGCUGGCCUGCUCAACUGGCCCACCGAUUUCAUCGACAGUGCCUCCAACACGGCGAGCACGGAACGCAUUGAUGGCAUCAUUCCGGCAAACAUUGAUAGACGAGACGACAGCAUCGGUGACUCUGCGGAUGAUUAUAAGUAUUACGAGGAGUCCCUGAACUCCGCCCAGAUGCAUAGUGAGCUGAGUGUGCCGGAGACGCUGCCCUUGAACAUCACCCGAGUGGGGAUACCCUACGAGGAUCGCAAUGCCUCCGAGGAGCCGACCAUCUGUGUGCCACUAACUGUCUCGGAGGCGUCUCUCGCCUCGGACAGUGUGACGCCUCUGGUGGUGGAAGUGGAGCGCGUCUAUUGCUUUCCGCUGCCCAAGGUGGAGGUGCGAAGGGGUCAAGUCCGGCCACAGGUGGAACAGGUGACUCGGGCGCAUCAGGAGGAGGAGGAGGAGAUCGGCGAAACGGAGGUGAAGCCAACAGAUCAGGCCAUGCCACCAACGGAUGCUGCAGCGGGAGCCAGACAAAAUUCUCUUGGAAUAUUCAGUCUACUUUUCCUUCUUGUCGGCUGGAGUUUGCGACCAGGAAUUAGUACCUAA